AUGGAUGAAACUAUCUUUAUUUAUAAAAGGAAGUAUGCUAAUAGUAUAUUAAAGAAGUUUGGCAUGGAAAAUGCUAGUCAUAAAAGGACACCUGCACCGACCCACUUGAAAUUGACUAAAGAUGAAAAAGGUGUAAGUGUGAAUCAAAGUUUGUACAGGAGUAUGAUUGAUAGUUUGUUGUAUUUUAAAGUUAGCAGACCUGACAUUACAUUUGUUGUGGGAGUAUGUGGAAGGUAUCAAUCUGAACCCAAAAUGAGUCAUAUUACUCAAGUGAAAAGGAUCCUGAAGUACAUUAAUGGAACUAGUGACUAUGGAAUAUUAUAUUCUCAUAAUGCAAUUUCCUUGCUUAUAGGAUACUGUGAUGCAGAUUGGGAAAGCAUUGAUGAUGACAGAAAGAGCACUUCUGAAGGAUGUUUCUUCUUGGUAAAUAAUUUUAUAUCUUGGUUCAGCAAGAAGCAAAGUAAUGUGUCUUUAUCUACGACUGAGGCUGAAUAUAUUCCAGCAGGAAGCAGUUAUUCUCAACUAAUUUGGAUGAAACAAAUGUUAGAGGAAUACAAUGUCCAGAAAUAUGUCAUGACAUUAUAA